AUGGCUGAAGCUGUUAAAAAGAAAGACUCGAGUGUACUAGAAAAAUAUAAAAAUAUUGACUCACUUCCUGUCGUUAAUGAUCCUCUUCCGAUUAUUGCCAGUAAUGUAGAAGACUUAAAAGACCCACUACAUGAUGUAAAUGAACAUCCUGAGAAGACUCAUAAUUCAAAAGUACUGGAUGUGCCUUGUGAAGAAAGUUCUGCAGAAGCUGAGCCGGAAGAAUCAAAAGUUUCAAUUAUUGAGCCACCCUAUAUCCCUUAUUCCGUACUUUCUUCUGCACUUACUGAUUGCAAUUAUGAAGCUGCAUGUGUCGAGACUGUAGAGCAAAGCAGCGCUCCUCCGCUAAUGACUUCUUCCUCCUUUGAUUUACCAAAUUAUGAGUAUAAACUUCCUCAUUGUUAUAGUCUUGAUGAACUUAAGAAUUUUUAUUCAAAUCAAUACGCUGACAUACUAGAGGCUUAUGAAAACGAGUUUCUAGGAGAAGCCCACUGGGAUAAUUUCCUUCCAAGUUCUGAGGAAAUUGAAGAUGUUUCUUUUGAACCCUUCACAGCUGUUCCGGAUUCUUGCACAGAACAUCCCCUAUUGAGACUGAUUUCUGCUUAUACUGGAAACCUUCUACUUUGGAAAUCUACGAAAGAAACUCUGAUCUCCAUGUCUUCAGAAAUAUCGUCCUCUGAAAAAGCUAUUUGGAAAAUUAGGCAGCAAUCGGAAAUAUUAACGGGGAAAUGCCGUGAUGAUUACGAAGUGUCUUAUAAACUUGAAUACGAAACUGCUGAAUUUGAUAAUGAUCAACUUGAUCGUUUGGAUUUUUCGCAAAGUGAACUUCGGAAAUUUAUACUCGAUCGAAUCUAUUUGGUAUCAUACAGAGUUGCUAUCUCAAGAUUGGAAAUUGAAUCCUACCUUAACCAGGUUCUAAAGCAAUGUCCAUCUUAUGAAAAUUUCGCUUUUAAUGAGCCUGUUAUUUUGCUACCGAAUGCCAGUCUAGAUGUAGAUCUCGAUCGUCAGAUCAAACUUCUUCGAAGUAUAACCUCAGUUCUCUUCACCUGUCUCAAACAAUUUGCCUUCAUAGAUGCCGGAAACAACAAGGAGUGUGUUCCCCACUUUGAGCUAAUUGAUAAUAUCAUCGAGUGGAUUAUGUGUGUAACGGGUAGAUUUGUUCGACAAUGUCGACUGCAAGAUCACGUCUUUAUUGCAAUGCAUCUUUUACGAGUUCCAUUCAGUGUUUCUUACACUCCAAGAUCUUCCGAUUUCCCGCCUUUAUGUGCCCUAUUGCAACCACCAGCUCUCGAUAUAGCCUCUUUUCGAGUGAAAGGACACGUUUUGGAUCUCCUUUCUGAACCAGAAUUGGCAGUUCGAGGAGCUCUCUUGUCCCUAUGUUUAAAAAAUCCCAAGCAACGUUUCAAUUUUAAACUCUGUCCCACUUCUGAUGUUAUGAAGAUUGACACCAAAACCAUGAAACAUUCCUGGACUGUUGUCGAUUCUGACGGUGAAAGUGAUGCUGAAUGUUCAAUAAGUUCCAUCGUGAAUCUAAGAAAAUCCUCUACCCAGUGUUUUCAGGCCCUAAAAAUUGAUACGGAUCCGGAGUUUGCAAGUGUGGAGAGUGUUACUACACUGAUAGACCAAAUUGAUAUGCUCGGUUUGAUUGAUUUUGUCGUUUCUCAUUGUGAGGGAACGGGAUCUAGAAAUGAUCACAUCUCUCUAUUAGCAUUUGCAAACUGGUUGGUCACAACUUUAGAGCAGAGCAUUGAUUUUUUGCACAGGCCCACAUCAGAGCACCCACGUUUUCAACGCCAAAUUAUCAAGCGAAUUGUUGAGAUGAUCAACGCUCUGUUGUCAGGUCUGAGACUUCUUAUUGAACGCUCAAUCAGUGCUCUUCCAAGCUCCACACAAUCCAGUACUUACCCUAAUUUGCAUAGUAAAGAUUUGACUGAUUUCAAGAUUGUUCUCGCUCAAUAUGACGAACUAUGUCUUCGCGUGACAAACUUUAUUUUAUCGAGUGCAACAUCUAUGGUUACACAGCUCACUUGCUGGCGUCGAUUUUCUCGAACACUGCCCUUCAAACUCUUUUCUUCUCGUUCCAAAUUGAAGUUCUACGGUCUUCUGCUAUCAUCUAUCUCUCCAGAUAUCGAAGACACAUACUUUUCCGAUAUUCUAUCACAAAGGAAGGAAGAUAGUUCAUUAGGAGUUGAUGAAACAGUAAUAGAAGAAGAUACGAAGGCAGGAGAGGUAAUUGAACUCCUUCGUGCAGGACUAAUGGAUAAGGGUUGUCUGGCAGAGCCCCUUUUGGCUGUUUUGGGUCAGCUUGCAUCUCUAGAAUGCCGUCCGCCACCUCCCAUCCAUGAAAAUGAACAGAAUCAAUUCUGUCUAUCGCUUGAUGUACCAUCAUUGGAGAAGAAACUGGUUCAAAGAAUUCUUGAUAUUCUCUUUGGGUUGUGCGUUGUACCAAAAUCUCAAGUGAGAAAUGACAAAUGCGAAAGCUCCAUCCCAAUAUCCACAUCAUGCGGUCGUGCCCAAUUAGUGUCCAUCGUAUCUGUUCAUCCACCCUUUGCUUUCCGAUACCUACUAGAUCUUAUUCUUGCUGCUGCUUCUCAACUUGAUACUAAAUGCAUUGUUUCAACAAAAUUAUCCCGAAGGCCAGAUUUUGAAUCGUCCACUGAUCUUCUAUUCGACUUAGUUGAUGCUCUACCCUUGACACUCUUUACUCCUUCAACCGGCGACCUUGAAACCCUUCUCUCAUGGAUUGGCGGAAAUUCAAAUAGUGAAAUCCCACCUCUAAAUUCCCUGCGGUGCAGAAUUGCCCGAAAAUUGCUGGGAAAUUUUCCCUGGGAGGCUGUUAAUAAUGCAACUGGAGAUUACUUGAUUCCCCCACAACUUCAGACAUCAGUAGCAGUAGGAAUUGCUACAGUAUUUCAAAAAUACAUCGUGGAUGCUUAUCGCCAACCUGUGUCAGGAAUAUCUGAAACCCUAAACUCGUAUGCUAGGCGUGUUUGGACAAAAAGAUCAUCUACUCAACGUUCCAGACGCAGUGCCUCAAUAUCUCCUGCCAGAAUUCUCUCUUCCAACAUUAUUCAACCUCCUUUGCCAGUUGAACAAGAAGCAGCAUCUUUCUACCACUGGGCUAUGCGCUUGAUUCUCCGAUUUCAUUUGGAACCUUCUACCGAAUCCUUGACCCACCUUCUCAAUGCCACUGAGAUGUCUAAGAACCCUUUGACAACAUUCUUGGUCCUUGAAAUCCAACCUCAUGACCAGCCGAGAAAGCCACUAAUAAUGGAUGAGGACUCCUGCCUGGCUUUGGUUGGUUUAGCUAAGUCGGGACAUUUUGCUCUCGUCAUUGAAGCAUUUGGUCGUCUUUCAAUUUGUCAUGGGGAUGUGAAGAAGCAUUUUCAUCCUCUUCAACCGUGCGAAUCCUUUAAGGAACUUGUAUCUCUUUUGCUGAGUGCGGAUAAGAGUGUGGCUGAGAAUAGUCCCCUACAAAAUUUCCUCUGGAGUAAAUGGAGACAGAGUGAGGUUAAAACUGGACAAAUAAACAAUUCAAGAGGUCCCAUUUUGGAAGCUUUUCUGGGUGCAACGUUGAAUUCUUGUAUUGGCAGUGCGGGAGAGGAUGAGAACCAAUCACUACUUCAAGCAGUUAUCUCAUCAACCUUGUUGUCUCUUUUAAAAAACCGUCUUUCACCUAAUCCUCAAGCGAUUUGGAUGCUGGAAAAUCUCUUAAAGACGGCCUUUUGGGUUGAGAAGUCCUUCCCCGUCACUUCAAAGGGUUCUAACCUACCCUCCUAUUGGUGGGAAAACCCUAUUCUCAGGAUUCUACAAUCAUCAACACUGAAAAGCAUGGUCGAAGAGAGUUCUGCUACUCGUCCUCCAAUGACUUCAGAUGAUAAGUCCAUGGAGGGCGUUUCAAGCCUCGUUUCUCAGAACUACAGUCUUUUGGCUUCAUCUUGGAGUGAAGGUCUCUCCACGCUCAUUCCUUCGGAGAGAAUUCGACAGUACAUUCCCUACUUUGGACUAUCAGGCUCAGAAGAUAAUGAUGAAGAUUUGGCGUGCACUAUCAGUCUCACUCUGAUUCACAAUCUUCUUAGAAAGACAUCCGAAAAUGAUGCUGAGGCUCUGUGGUUGGUCUCCUAUUUGAUUGGAGCGGAAUGCAAUGCGGACAACGUGUUUGGAGGCUAUAGUCUCUGGGAGAAUGUACUGGAUUUAAUUACUUGGAACCGAGCGACAGUCUUGACCGACUCAACAGAUCCUGAAAAUAACCUUUUAUCCAUCUUUAUAGAUGGGGGAAUUCUUCAAUCAGGAGCUAGUUUGGAUCAGCUUGGUAGAGUAACUCGACGGCUUCCCCUCAUUCAAGCCAUCUCUGUUCUCACUGUCUGCCCCCUUCAUCACCCUGUAUUUUUUCUACUCCUUCAAUUUGCGGUCACACACUGCUUACUUUUUUCACGAGCUAAUGACCGUCUUUCCACCAGUGAAAGUGAAUCAUGUUUUCCUCCUGGCUUUUUGCUUCUGCGUAUUCUGCAAUGGAGUAGACAUAACAUCACCGCCGACAAAAUUACCAAUGCUCAGAUAACAGUUUUGGAGGUGCUUCUUUGUCGUCUGCGUGAAGCUCUGCGGCACUGGCUCCAAAGACAUUCUCAAGACGAGGAUGGCGAUCCAUACGGUCUUAGAAGUAGCAAUGCCAUUUCGUUGUUUAGAAACAUUAUUAGCCUGCUCACCGAUCUUCAGCAGACUGCGUCUCAUGGAAUCUCCGAUACAAUCCAAGUUAGUACUCUUGUGGAGAGAAUCAAAUCACUUGAUAUGAAAUCGGCACUGCAAAGUGUGAACUUGGACGCUAUUACAAUAGCGAUCUACGACCAAAUCAAUCGAUGGCACUUCCUUCGAGGUAUUCGUGAAACCUUGAGAGAAAAGUCACGUUCUCCGGGAGAUAAAGUCGAGAAGGAAUUGGAGCAAUCUUCAACAAGGUGUCCAUCUAGACAAUUGGGCCCUCCUGUCAUUCAACAAUGCCAAUUCGAUGAAAAUAGCAUUUAUGGACCAAAGGAUUUACCACCUCAUGAGUGGAACUCACUGAUAUUGACAUGUCUUGAGAGCUUGAAGACCAAAGCAUCUAUGGGUAAAGAUCGUGAUACCCGGCUCAGACAGCUGUACAGGAAACUUCUCGACACCAUCUUGCCUAAUUUGUAUAAAUCUACCAAGUGCCAUCGAUCAGAGGUCGUCGAAUGCCAUCCUUAUAUAAAGAUUCCCCUGAUAUCCACGCGUGUUUGCAAAGGUGGAGCGCGCAUUGUCCACGAAUACGAAGUCUCACGCUUGGAGACUUCCAUGGAGACAGAAGUCACAGAGGUCGAUCGCAACAUCAGCAAUCUUAUCGAUGAAGCUCUAAACAGUGCUCAAGAUACCACCACUGUUUCAUGCCGUCGAUCUCCUUCCGAGCUCCCGCAACAUGGUGCAAUACGAAAUAAUUGGGCUCUAGCUGCUUUUCGGAUGGUCACCCUCAGUCAACGGAUCGUGGCGUCUCAAAAAAUUUCGGCAGGACGUUCACGAGAUGAAUCGGGACGACUAGUCAGCAUAUUCCAUCUUCUUGCGAAUAGCACAACUGCAGUCACAUAUGCCUUCCCCCCAGUUAGAGGAGUUCUCUUGCAAUGCAUAUGGAUUAUAUCUGAGUAUCUCCUCUCUUCCGGUGAGUAUCGAUACGACGUCGUGUUAGAUGCUUUGACUAGCUCACCGCAACUACUUCAGCUGCUCUCCAAACUCUGGCCCCGUCUCUUAGAAACCUCUGUACAAGCGACACCUGAAUCUCGGAUCAAGCAUUUCACGGUUGUCUAUCGGCGUCUUCCACUCAUUUUCCAGCAAUGUGGAGCUAAAGUAGCCUAUGAUCUACUUACCAAGUUUCCUACUUUGCCUGGCGAAAUUUCCGCUAAUGCUAAUAUAACUACCCUUCCAAAUAGGUCUCCGGUAGGUUUUGGAGGUGCUGCACAGUUGAAUAGUCUGAUUGUUGAAGCUUUCCUCUGUUUGACAACAAUUAGAGAACCCUCUAUUCAGAAGGAUGAGUCGACUAAGUUAAUUGAAUUUAUUCGGAGCCAGAUAGUCUCCUACCUUCAAUUUAACUUCCCGGAUUCUAUUGCUCAUUUAUUGGAGAAAUUCUGUAACGUUAAGUCCAAUUCUGCUCAAGUUGAACUCUGGUACUUAACAAAGGCCUCACUUUCUAUUGUGUUAUCUCAGGAAGAUGAGUAUUCAUUAUCGACUGAUGAUAUGAAACACUUCUUUGAUAAAGUCAAUAAAUGUUCAAUCACGGCCUACAGUAUUCGUGAUUUACCAUCAACUAUAAAAUCCGAUAUGAUUGAAUGCUUGGGUAUUUUGAUUCAACAGUUGACUUUGAAAUUGAGUCGUUGUGUUGAGUUGGAUCACUUAUCUCUUCAACAAGGUCUCCAUAUCUUGGUGGAAAUGGUGCUCAAUAGUUUUUGGACUCAAGUGAUCGGUCUCACCGGAUCUCCUACUGACGAAUUUCAACGAUCUGCCUCUGAACAACUCUUCAUCCUCACAGCAAACCUUUACAGAUCAAAAGAAUCUUCUGAGCCUCCCAAACUGCUCAAUGCAUUUCUUGAUUUUCUUAUGACACGCCUCUUCUGCAAUUCAUCGAAACUCAACGGAGUUCAUCUUCUUGGUCAAAUCAACCAGGUCUCAUCAAAGAAUGCGGAUCCUCCAAAUCUCCCAGAAGGCUUUCCAUGGACUGUUUGGCAACCUGCUACUUCUGUGAUUAAGACAUUAACUCAGUUCAUAAAUGGUCUCUCCCGAUCAGCCAGUGCACCUACCCUCUCGUCACUGUCAUGUGUGCUAUCUAGAGUGAAUUGGUGCAAUCCCAAAACUGACAUUUCAAUAUCUGACCAUACGGCGAAUAUUGUGGCGUUAGUUAUCGCUGUGGUUUGUUGUUAUGAUGCUCAAGAAAAUCAGCAGGAUUCCUCUUUGAGUGUGGACUAUGUACAUCACUUCAUUAAAAACUGCUGCCAAUUCCUUACCCAACAUAGUGCUUUCGUUCGUCUUGUGUCCGCAAAUUUUGCUCAGGUCAAAUCGCAACUCAAACCUCAUACCAUCAUCAAUACCUCGGAUCCCGUAUUUUCUAACUUCUUUAGGUUCUUAUCAAUCGCCUCACAUAUGGGUGAUGCGACUCAACUAGAGGAAUCACAAAAUACCCCAGAUAUCGUAAGCCAGCGUCACGCCUUCAUAAACCUCUGCGUUGACUUCCUUCUCACCGUGGCCUUCCCUGGUACACUAAAUCCAUCAUCUUCAACUGAAAGCCAAGAUGUGGAAGUUGUACCUACCGUGUCUUCUGAGGUGCUUUCGACUGCGUCCAGGGCCUACUUACUAGUUAUGAAUAGUGUUCUACCUACAGCAAGCACUGCUAUAGGUCAUAUAGUCAACAGUUUCAGCUCAUCUUCCCUAUGGAAGCACGUAUUUGGUGAAAAGGGUGAGCCUGAAGAAUCCAAAUCUUUUUUUACAAAACUGAUCGAAACCGAAGGUCCUGUCAAAGAUUUCGCUUUACGAAUUCUUGGUCUAUUAUAUGAUGUGGAGAACUGUUGCGCCGGUGAAUCGUGGAGUCCAGUUGAGUCCCAUGACUUCCAGGCAUCUGUUAGUUACUACGUAGAGCUCUUACGACUUAGGUCUGUAAUUAACUCCCUUUCAAGCGUGGUUGACGCCACAUUCAUCUACUGGAUGUCUGAUAAUCGUGCACUUGACGUUCCGAUGUCCACAGUAUCACCACUACGUCAAAGGAUUCCGGGACACUGUAGACCCCUGUUACAGGCAUUACUCUUUGACCUCUCAGUCUCUUCAAUGUCUUUGUCAGCUCCAGAUGAGGUUUCAAAAUCACAAGCCCUAAUCAACAUUGGGGGCAUAGUGAAUCUAAUUGACACCUGUUUGUGGGCCCUUCUGCAAGCAAAUCCCAAGAAGGAUAACGCUUCUUCAUUCCCGGCAACCUUUGAAACUCGGAUCUCGAAAAUCAGUGAAAUGAUUGAGUUCAGUUGUAAAAAUGCAUCAGAAGAAACUUCUAGUUUGGCGAAUUGUGGCUCCUGGUUGGUACCCGCUUGUCUUUCUUGUAAAAAAUUACUCCCUCUGUUUGUUUACGCUAAAACGAGGUGGAGCAAAAUUGUCCCCUUGAUUGCAAGCUCUGGCCUUUACCAGAAUCAACAUGGUGGAAUAACUUCCAUGUGCGCUUCUGAUACUCCUGCUAUACUGCUGGCGGAUAUUAUGCACUGGUUCGCUGUUCUAAACUUACAACCAUCAGAUGUUUCUUCGGAGAGCUGCUCUGCAUCACCUCAAUUGAGUGGUCUGCUCCUUUUAUUCAAUUUGAGCAUGCGGCUUAUCACUUCGAUGGGCGAACCUAGAAACUCGCAUGCACCUCAGGAAAUUUCAAGAGCUUCUGGCUUUCUCAGUUAUCUCCAGAGUCUUGCCGCUAAUUGGGAAGAACACAGCAAACCAUCGUCGGCUCCUUGUGCGAUAGUGGACUUUAUUAAAAAGUUCACUAUCUUGACCCAGUGUAUGUUGGGGCUGAUGGAGGAAUGGUAUAACAACCGAGGCUCAGAUGUAACCACUUUUGCUGAAAAUUCAGAAGCGAUUCGGGGUUUAGAAAGACUGCGAAAAAUUGUUGGUGGUAAUAGUGAUAAUUGCAUCGCUGAAAAUGAAGCUGUAGCUGCAGUUCGCUCUAUUCUUAUCCGACUUCAUGGUUGUGUUGAUGUGGACGACCUUUUUGAUUCAUAUAGCCUUCUUUGCCAAAGAUUUUGGUCCCCUCUGCCCCCUGUUAUACACUACCUCUUUUCUUCAUCCUCUGCCUCCACAUCGUGA